UGGGGCCCCGAUGCGGAUCCACGUGGCAGCUAAUGGGCCGCGUCGCGAGCACGGAGGCUGCCCGCCACUAAACAGCGUCUUCCCUACCCCCUUUCCCUUCCGUUUUGGGCUCUCCAUCUCCCCCGCUUCCUCAGUCCACUCGUCUGUCCUCCGCCGCCGCCGCUGCUGCUUCUUCUCUGCUGCCAGCGUAGAGAAAGGGAUCUUGAAUCGAUUUCGAGUAAUGGCGGCGGCUUCCGGUUGGCUUGUCAAUCCAAUCCACUUCUCUGAGAAUUUAGGUUCCGGUUUUGGUCCGGAACGUGGUGGUGCUUUGAAAAGGAGAGGAGUCUUUGUGGGGUUCGAUUCCUUGGUGCGGCAUGGGGAGAGGAGGUCGCAAGGUUUGCGUUGGGUUGCUCGAGGAUAUGGAAGAACGAGCGGGAUGGUUGUUGCCGCAAGCCCUCCUACGGAUGACGCCGUGGUGAUAACGGAGCCGUUGACGAAAGAGGACCUCGUUGGGUACCUCGCUUCCGGUUGCAAGCCCAAGGAAAUGUGGCGAAUUGGGACUGAACAUGAGAAGUUUGGCUUUGAAGUUGGAACUUUAUGUCCGAUGAAAUAUGAACAAAUUGCAGACUUGCUGAAUGCUAUAGCAGAGAGAUUUGAUUGGGAUAAAAUAGUGGAAGGAGAUUAUGUUAUUGGCCUCAACCAGGGUAAACAAAACAUUUCAUUAGAGCCUGGUGGUCAGUUUGAGCUUAGUGGUGCACCUCUUGAGACGCUUCACCAGACUUGUGCUGAGGUUAACUCACAUCUUUAUCAGGUGAAAGCUGUGGCAGAGGAGAUGGGGAUUGGAUUUUUAGGAAUUGGUUUUCAGCCAAAGUGGGGGCUGAAGGACAUUCCUAUUAUGCCCAAGGGAAGGUACGAGAUUAUGAGAAACUACAUGCCAAAAGUUGGUUCUCUUGGACUUGAUAUGAUGUUCCGGACUUGUACGGUUCAGGUCAAUCUUGACUUCAGUUCUGAAUCUGAUAUGAUUAGGAAAUUUCGUGCUGGUCUUUCUUUGCAACCUAUUGCAACAUCAAUAUUUGCUAAUUCACCUUUCACUGAAGGAAAACCAAAUGGUUAUCUUAGCAUGAGAAGCCAUAUUUGGACUGAUACAGACAAUAACCGGACUGGAAUGCUUCCUUUUGUCUUUGAUGACUCUUUUGGAUUUGAACAAUACGUGGAGUAUGCCCUCGAUGUUCCCAUGUACUUCGUCUAUAGGAACAAGAAAUAUAUUGAUUGCACUGGAAUGUCCUUCAGGGAUUUUAUGCAAGGAAAACUUCCUUGCAUACCUGGUGAGCUCCCAACACUUAAUGAUUGGGAAAAUCAUCUAACAACAAUAUUCCCUGAGGUCAGAUUGAAGAGAUACCUGGAAAUGCGGGGUGCUGAUGGUGGCCCUUGGAGGAGGUUAUGUGCUUUGCCAGCAUUUUGGGUGGGCUUGUUAUAUGAUGAGGUUUCAUUACAGAAUGUAUUAGACAUGACAGCUGAUUGGACAAUGGAAGAAAGACAAAUGUUACGGAGAAAGGUUCCAAUAACCGGUUUAAAGACCCCAUUCCGCGAUGGGCUGCUUAGACAUGUUGCUGAAGAAGUUCUACAGUUGUCUAAGGAUGGGUUGGAAAGAAGAGGAUACAAAGAAGCUGGGUUUCUAAAAGAAGUAACUGACGUGGUUCAAACAGGAGUGACUCCAGCUGAGAAACUUCUAGAAUUGUAUCAUGGAAAAUGGGGAUGCAAUGUAGAUCCCGUGUUUGAGGAGUUGUUAUAUUGAGGCACAAAGGAUCUCUCCUUAGUAGCAUUCUUUUAUGAGAUGAAUAAAAUACGAACGAGUUGAGUUGCUUGGUUGCAGUUCAUUCAGAAGUCAUGGAGGACAAUCUUUGGGCUGGUCGGUUGGUGGAAUUCUUACCAUGGAGAGAAUUCUUGUUCAUGUACUUUGCAGACCUUUAUCCUAUUCGAUCGAUCGCGGAGGUUUCUCUUUAGGUUGUCGAUGGCAUCUGUGGCUUCCCUAUUUGAUGAGAACGAGGCAUGUAUUAUCGUCAGGCAAACUACAAGUGACCAUGUUCGUUGUGAUGCAGCCAUCAAAAACAAUAUUUUACUGGCUUUUUUU